AAAGUAAAUGUUUUCCAUAUUUUCUUGUAUCUUCUUCUCUAAUUUUUCUUUCUAAUUUUUGCCUGCUGUGAUCUACUUUUCUUUUCUUUCUCUAUCAUUCCUCCUUCUUCACCGCAUUCAGUAUUCACUCCUUUGACUUAUGAUUGAAAUUUGACUUCAAUUUAUUUUCGUUUCAGUUGCCGAUAACAAUAAUGUACAAUUGUUCAUUCUAAUAAUUUUAUUUCUUCGUUUUAACUUGCUAUAAUAAUCAUUUUUCGUUAACAUUCGCAAUUUGUUUAUUUUCUUUGCAUUUGAAUCAAUUUAAAUUCAAUGGUAUGUUAGGCAAACUUCUGUUUUCAAAUAUUCAAACAAAUAUUAAUCGUAUCUUCCGCGUAUCUUCAGAUAUAAAUGUAAACGACGGUUAUAAGUAGGCUGCUGUGAAAACGUGGAAUACGAUUGAAUAUAAAAUGGAUUAUUGCCCGAAAAUAUUCUUAAAAAUAUUCUUAAAAAUCUCUCGCUCACCACUAACAUAAGUAGCUAAUUGAAUAAAGUUACCACGUAUAACAGCAAUUUCGAGAUAUUAGUGUUUAUAUAUAUUAUGGAACCCGGACAGACCAAACGCAUUUAAGAAAAACAACAACAAUAAUUGCAGAACUUCACAAACACAAUAAAUUUUUAUUAAAAUCUAUUGUCAACAUUAUGCUCGAAAAAGAUGUCUACCAGAAGCACAGGAAAAACGAAAUGCGAGUUUGGUAAUAAAGAAAUAUAUUAUGUUGAAUAUACAUAUGUAUGAAUAUAUAUGUUACAUGUUGUCAACAAUGAUGCAACAUAUUCAGAACAUAUAUGUUGCAUGUUGUCAACAAUAAUACAACAUAUUCAGAAUAAUCUUUUAAUAUUGAUUUAUUUAAUUACAAAUAUAGAGUUGAUCGAGAAUUUCAGGAGUCUCGAAAUUAUAUUAAAACUCAGUAAACAAUUCCUCAAAAUUUACGGAUUGUGAUUUAAAUUUUGUAUAAAUCGAAGAGAAUUUAACAACACGCAAAUCAGAACAAUAGAAACUAGGAAAAAUUCUUCGCCAGAGAAAGUCGCUUUGUAACUUGUAAAAUUCAUGAAUUCGAUACCAUACUUUUGAUCAUGGCUGUAUCUAAUAACAUAUAACAAUCAGAUUUACGAAUAUCAUAACAGUUGCUAAGCUGCUUUGCUGUUGUCCAAUUCGUAAAUCUAAUUGACAUAAACUGUCAGAUUCAACUAAGAUUAGAGGCAUAUAGCAAUCAUACUGACGAAUUUUAUAACAGUUACAAAGUAGCUUUCUCUGCUGAAUAUAGCUAUUGUUGUUUGGUGCGAAAUUGACUAUCUAUGUCCAAGAAGAAGAACUAGGAGAAGAACAAUAAUUUCAAAACUUGACAACAAGAAAACAAGAGAUUCUUCUUAUCAUAUAAUUUGUUAUCAACAUAUUCUUCGAAAGAAAAUGUCCACCAAAAUAGACGAAUCAAAUUGCGAGUCAGAUUCGUUAACAUUAUUUGCAGCAACGGGAGUGGUUGAAAGUUCCUGUAAUUUUGAAGAUACGAUAAAACCUAGUGACGAAUUUUUGCAAGCUUUCAAAUUAACAUACCCAUUUUCUAAAAAUUCAAAUAAAUAUAACAAAAAAUAUAUCAGGACAAUAGAAGUAAAAAUAGACAAAUUGUUUCAUAAAGUAAUCAAAUCGCAACACACAAAAUUUGAAGAUAUUAUAACUCUUGCAUAUAUUUGCGAACAUAUAUGUUUUGCAUACAUAAAGUUAAAUCGGAUAGAAAUGAUACCUGCUGCUAGUAAUUCUAUUCUGCGUUGUUUAUAUUUGAUAAAAAAUAAAGAGCUGGAUCCCAAAAUUAUUUUGCUGACUUUAAAAGCAUAUAGCCAUUUAAUCUAUAUUUAUCGUCAACAAAAGAAGCUGAAGAGUGCUAUAGAAAUAAUUGAUAAAGCUAUAGAUUUAUAUUUGACAUAUAUGGAAGAAAAUAGCAAGUACGGUAUUCCUAUCGAUUAUGAAGAUAUUAUUAUUAAGCCAUCUGUACAAAUAAAUGGUUAUAUAAAAUUAAAACCUUUAUAUACAUUCAUUUUAGAAAUAUCAAUAUAUAUACAUUCAAAGAUGAGAUCAAAAGCUAAUGAAACUUUUAUGCUAUCUUAUCAUUUGCUUUUAAUCGAUAAUUUUAAUUAUUUUCAAGGAACUGAGGAAUAUGUAGAAUGGAUUGAAAAAGCAACGAUAGUAUGCAAUUAUUUAAUCACGUGUAACCGUUUCGCAGAAGCUAGAAGUUAUAUUAAUCAAAUAUGUAAUGUACAAAAUGUCGUACAUGAAAAAUAUUUUGAUAUUAAGACAAAGGGAUCUCUCUCGGAAAUAUCCAUAAUCCUUAAUCAAAGCUUAGUCACGUCCAAAUUAAUUAUUUUAUGCUGUAUAAGGUACGGUGUUGCGCUCUUCUAUCAGUCAGUGGAACGACUGCUACGAUUAGAAAAGGACGAAGUUUCUGAGGCUAACAACUCAAUAACUGACUAUUCAAAAUUGGAGGGGCGGGCACCGCGAAGAUUACUAAUAUUCGCUCUAAAUAAGGAAGCAUAUUACGACACCAAUACAUAUCAUUCGAUGCCGUUUACGUACAUAUUGAAAUAUAAUGAAGCUCAGAAACAGUUUGUCAAAAUUCUGAACGUGAUUUACAGAUCAGGGCGAGAUGCUGACUUCGUCGAGGAUAUAAAUUUAUAUAUUCGAUUUAAAUUAUACAUUUCUAAUGCUUACAAAUAUAUGGCAUUCUACGAAAAAGAAACAGCCAAUCAGUUUUCUUUACGAAAACGGCGUGUAGAAAUUUUAGAAAUAGCUGCAAAUGCUUUAGAAGAUAAGAGUAAUUGUAAAUUAAUGAGACUCUUACUGCUUCAACUGACAAUUGCUUAUUCUAUCUUGAUAGACAUGAAACUAGAAGACAUAGAGGCAAUUAACCUACCAUAUUUGUCCCAAAAACAAUCUGUACUUACUGAUGAAAUUAACAUUCUAGUAGCGAAGAGCUUAAUAUUCCUACGAAAGUAUACAUACUCUAAAUAGACCGUCGUCACGACGGUGAUGUCGAUGUCUCAUUCGGCACAUAAUGACAGUAAUGUUAUAAGGAAUUACCGCGCAAACUUGUGAACAGUGACUCGCACUCAUGACAAUUUAAUAUCAUCGAAAACUAACUUCGGAAUAGAUAUGUUCAAACCACUAUGCAAACGAGUGCACAUUAAAGUUUAUUCACUCGAUGAAAAAUUAGUCAUACAUAAUUAUGUAAAAUUAUAUAAAGUUCUAUAUAAUUUUACAUUAUUAUAUAUAAUUAUGUAUGAAAUUUGUCCAUA